AUGUCCAGCAUACAACUAGACAAGUCCAUAAUGCUGGGCAUCAUCCAGACACUAUGGGAGGUCGGAGAUGAGCUAGGUGAGGCUAUGCGCCAGAGCAUGCAGCAGCGUGCAGAGCAGCUGUCCCAGGAGAUAGCUCGGCUGCUUGAAGAGGUUGAGCAGAGUGCCCAGGAGCAGCUCUUUGCUGCCUUGCAGCAAUGGCAGUUCUGGGCCUUUGCUGGAGGUCUGGUCCUGCUCUUUUGGCUGUGCUGGUGGCUCUGGAAAAGGAGCCAUGAGCCAGGCAGCACAAGCAAGGAUGGCAGCUCCAGAAGCCUUGAGGAGGAGGAAGACGGGGAAGACACAUUAGAUGUGGACAAGUUUCUGGACAAGUACACGUUGUGGCCAUUGCCAAACAGGGAAAGCAUAUGCACAGUGGUGGAAAAGCUGGUGAACAGCCUUCUCCGUGACUACCAGUUCCUCUCCAGCAGUGGCUUCAUGCCACGGCUGCAGCCAGCUGUUGGGGUGGGAGGCUUCCUAGAAGGCCAGAAUGCCUGUGAAGAAGACUUUAUCUAUUGCCUGCUUGUGCCCCUGAAGCCACCCCCUGGGCACUCCUUCCACCUUGAGAUGGGCACUGAAGGGAAGACACUGGUGAGGAAUUGUUGCCUGCGUGUGGAACUGGAGUACAUGUGCACAAGGGAGUGGUGGCUAGGGGACGUGCUCUGCUUCCUCCACCACCCUGAUGAUGAGCUGAGGAGCAGGCAGAAAGCCAACCUCCUAGAAACCCUCUGCACCAGCUCGUACCUCGAUGUGCAGAAAACUGCCUUCUGGCUCCAGGAGCUGAUGGGAGCAGCCUGCGCUGCUGUACCUCAGGCAGCCAGAAGCAAGUUAACAGUGCUGCCCUCCACACGCAUCUGCAAGCUCAAGGUGACCAACAGCUUCAAAAGAUCCCUCUUCAUUGAGUUGAUCUUGGCAGUGCAGCAAGGCAACGAGGACACGUUCGUGAGCAUGGAGUAG